AUGAAGGAAACAAAUAACGAUGUUAAGGAUUUUGUGUCGGAAAUUCGGAAAAUUGAAACAUGGAAAUAUAUUGAUGAAGAGGCGAAAACUUUAUUUUAUUUGAAAAAAAUAAUUCAAGAAGAAAUUAUAAUGCUAAAAUUUACCAACAAUAAAAAAUCAUGCUUAAUGAAAGAAAAUAAAAAUGAAAGGUUAAAGACAGACAAGAAAAUACUAAAACCGAAGGAUUCUAAUAUCAAUAAAAGUAAAUUAUCUAGUUUCCUGAAUUCUACCAUAUCUUAUGAUAACUAUUUUAACUUAAAUAAACCUUGUGAAAAAAAUACGGCAACAAUGAUAAAGAAUGACAAAUUUGAAAAAAUACAAAUAAACAAUCAUUUGAUAAAUGGUGGAAUUGAACAAAAUGUUCACAAUAAGUACAAUAAUAACAAGGUAAAAAAUAAUUUAAUUAAUAUAGAAAAUUUUAACAAUUUCGAGAUAGUUGACGAUAGUUUAAAAAAGGAAUAUGCUCCUAUAAUAAUGAAAUUAAAUAAUUAUAAAAUUUCACAUUAUCAAAAUCCAAAAACAACUGAAAGAAAAAAUUCCAAUUAUAGUGAACUUAAUAAUUAUUAUAUCAACGAAAAGUUAACACAUAGUCAAAGAAGAGAUGAACCUAUGAAAAGUAAUGAAGAAAAUUAUUUUGAUAUUUUUAAAAGGGAAGUUUGCAAUUGUGAUGAAAACGAUAUUUAUAUUUAUAAAAAUAGCCCUGAUAAAAAUGAAAUAAGCUCAAGUAUGAAAAAUAAAAUAUGCUUUAAUUUUGAUAAUGUAUCUAGAAAUGAUUGUGAUUAUAAAAAGCGAGAAAAUGAAAACAUGUCUUGUUAUUCCACUUCUAUUGGUAACAUAAUGAAUAAUGGUACCAAAAAAUCAAUUAAGAUUAAAAGAGACAAAAUAAAUGAUAACAUGAUUGGAAAUAUAGAUAGCGAUUGUAAUAAUGAAGAAAAUUAUAUUUUCAAAAAUGAAAAAAAAAAUAUUUAUUAUAAAUACAUACAAAAAAAAAAAAAUGCAUUAGAUAAAAAAGACCAUAUUAAAAAUUCUCAAAAUGAGAAUAAUAUUUAUUCUAAUAAUUCAAAAAAUGAUGAAGAUCUAAGUUCUAACAUUUGUAGAAUAUCCCUAAUUAAUAAUCACAUGAGUACAUAUAUUUCUAGUGAUUUAAUUUUAAAAAAAAAAACAUUCAUGGGUAUGUCACUAUCUCAAAAAAAAAAAUAUUUUGCAGAACAUAGUAAAAAAAUUAAUAGCAUGAUAAAGAAUGAAAUAAUUAAAGGUAUUCCUGAUUAUUUAAGAGGCUUUGUGUGGCAAAUAUUACUUCAGUCAUAUACAUACAAAGAUAGAACUUAUGUUAAGAAAGAUAUAAAUAAUAAUGAAAAUCAUCCAGAUCAUAUUAAUCAAAGUGAUGAAUGUGAAAAAGGAUAUAAAUAUUAUCUAAGCAUAAACAAUAAAUAUGAAAAUUCCAUUAAAAAGGACAUCAAUAGAACAUAUCCGAAACAUAUAUUAUUUAAAAAUAAUUAUGAAAAAGGACAAAAAAUAUUAUUUAAUGUUUUAAAAGCAUAUAGUAAUUAUAACCAAGAUUUAGGGUAUUGUCAAGGAAUGGCUUUUAUAGUUGCGACAUUUAUAUUAUAUAUGAAUGAAGAAGAUUCUUUUUAUAUGUUAAUAGCAUUACUAGAUAAAUAUAAAUUAAAUGAUUUAUUUUCUUCUAGUAUGCCAUUAUUAAAUGAAUAUUUAUAUAUAUUAGAUAAAUUAUUAUUACACUUUUUUCCAAAAAUAUAUAAUCAUUUAGAAAAAGAAAAUAUUCAUUCGAGUAUGUAUGCAUCUCAAUGGUUUAUAACACUUUUUUCUUAUAACAUAAAUAUUUUGUAUGCAGUACGAAUAUGGGAUUUUUUUUUUAUACAUAAUUAUACUUUUCUUUUUAAAGUAGCUCUUGCAUUUUUUAAAUUACAAGAAGAAGAAAUACUAAAAGAAUCAUUUGAAAGCAUACUAAAUAGGCUUAAGGUAUUAUCAAAACAUGUAGAAUUAGAUGUAUUACUUAAAACUGCUUUGGAUAUAAAAAUAAAAAAUGGGUUGAUUAGCAAAAUUAUAUCUGAAUAUAAAUCACAAAAAUGA